GGCACCGAAAGCAUUUUACACUUGCAUUCUACGUUUGCACUUUACAUACGUGCUUUUCGUUCGAUUAUGCGAUUUCAGGAAGAAAAGUUCUUCCUCAAAAUUACUGCUAUAUAUACUAAAACAAAAAUCUAACCAUCAUCAAUUACAAUUAGCUAACUGUACAGUAAACAGUCUAAACCAAAACUCACUCAAAAAUGAAACUAGCCCUAGUUGCAGUUCUGGCCGCCCUGUGCGCUACCAUGACCAACGGAGUGCCCUACUAUGGUUCCUACUGUAACGGAAUAAACGAGGUCUUUUCCAACUGCGGCUGUCCGUCUACCUGCGACAACUGGCGGCUUGGUCCGCAGUGGUGUGGCCGUUCGUGCCAGCGAGGAUGCUUCUGCCGGUCCGGAUUCGUACGUAACUCGCAUGGACUGUGCAUCGAGCCGGCCCAGUGCAGCAGGACAUCGGUCGAAAUUCAGGAAUCAGUUGCCUCCCGCCCGGCGGUCGGCUAUUCCUUCGGAUAUGCUCCAGGCCUGUACGGGUUGGGACUUGGGUAUGGCUACGGAUAUGACAAUCUCCUGCCAGCGGUAGUUUACUAAAAUAGCAUAGGUUUAGCGUAAAAAAAAACUGGUCAGUUCUAAGGGCAUUGGUUAAAUAAACGAAUAGAGCAUUGUUAUACUUAAAAGUAGGCUGUUGAUUGGUUUGAGGGGUUGCGGUUGAAUAAGAGAAGUUUUUUUUUUUCAUUUGGUACAAACGAUUGAUCACGUUUGGAUAAAAGUUCAAACUGUUGCUUGAAUGGUUAGAAUAUUUCUUAACAGUGUAUCGAAACAAGCAACUGUAAUCAUACAUGAUAAAAUUGCCUCAAAUGUGUAUUGCAAAUUGAUCGAACAAACAGUACAAACUUAUUCGAACGUUGUUCGUACAGAUCAAUUGCUGAAUCCUUUUUGAAAUCGGUUGUCAUUUUAAUUUUAAAUCAUAUGUUUUAGGUUUCGAGACACUAAAGAUAAUUUCAGAAUUGUAGAUACAUCAAUUCAUUUGUCCAAUACUAUCUUGAUGUACAAGUAGCCAAAGUCGCAUUUUAAAGGGAUACGUUUGAAGAUCUACAAUGUUCGAAUUGUCAGAAAAAAAAACAUAUAUUUCGAAUAUUUUAGUUAUUAGUAAACGUUUGUACUUUCUGAGUGAUUUGUGUAAUACUGCAUUCUAACACAAUUUUUGUACUAUUGUUAUAAUUUCUAUUCAAACUUGGUUGCGACUCUGCGACAUUAAUUCAUGCAAAUCCUGGUAACUUGAAUUGUACUCGAAAAAAGACAAUAUGAAUAGUUAAAAAUGAAUAUGAAAAUAUUAAUAGUUAAAAUGAUAUAUAUUCUAAUAUACUGCCAACAGGAGAAAAACAAAUAUUUCACCGCCACCGUAAAAGAAGUAACAAAUAAAUUGAACGGGACAAAAAAAACUAGUGAGAUAGUAAUCUACUGAAUCAGCUAAAAUAAUAUUAGGCUCUGUUUCUAUUAUCAACAACUUGAAUAAUAUUUUGCAAGUCAGGUGUUUUCUAUUACCAUAUAGUUUCAAAAAUUUUGCGAAAUCGUUUAUCGACCCAUGAACGAAU